UGUGAGCCCAGCGUACCGUACAAAUCUGAGUUUCCUGCGCAGGGUUAGGUGGGCGCUCGCGGCGCGCAGGCGCCUCGGCCCCCUCAUUGUUGUAGGCGCGGGGGCCGCAGAGUCCCAGCAGCGAGCACGUCUCAGGUGUUCCGCCACGAAGAACACCGUUUCUCCGCCGUGGGGCUCCAAGAUACCCCGCCUCGUAGAGGGAGUGACGUCAGGUUAGAACCAUCCGAUCGCGUCCCGACGUCUCUAAAUCUGGGCCUUCUGGUCUCUUCGGCUUCUGUCCUCCGGGCCCCAGGUGCGGGACUCCUCUGCGACUGACCAGCCGCCACCAGCUGUGCUCCUGCAAUGCUUCCGCCGCGGGGUGACGUGACCGCCUUGUUCCUCGGGCCUCCGGGCUCGGGAAAGUCUGCGCUAAUUGCAGCACUGUGUGACAAGGAUGUGGAGACGGUAGAGAUCCCCGAGGGACGGCCAGACUCCGGGAUCCCUAGUUUGAGAGCUGCGGGCCCAGGUCUCUUCCUGGGUGAACUGAGUUGUCCACCCGCAGUGCCGGGGCCCUGGGCAGCGGAGGCCAAUGUUCUGGUAUUGGUGCUACCCGGACCCGAGGGGGACGAGGAGCUCUUGGACCCAGCCCUGGCAGAGGCAGCGAGGGCCGCCCUAGCCCGAGGGACCCCGCUGCUUGCUGUGCGGAACCUCCGCCCUGGGGAUUCGCAGAAUGAUGCCCGGUCUCAGACAGCAGCCUUACUGAACAGCGCCGGGUUAGGAGCGGCCACUCUCUUUGUGCUGCGGGCGGACGGCUGCAGCAGCGAUUGCUGCGAGGAGCUAGAACGCCUGAGGGUGGCGCUGCGGAGCCAGGCGGAGGCGCUGCAGAGGCUCCUGCCACCGGCCCAGGAUGGUUUUGAGGUGCUGGGCGCAGCUGAGCUGGAGGCUGUGCGGGAGGCCUUUGAGACCGGUGGCCUUGAGGCAGCUUUGUCUUGGGUGCGCUCAGGCCUGGAGCGCCUGGGCAGUGCACGACUGGACCUGGCAGUGGCCGGUACAACUGACAUGGGCCUUGUGCUGGACACGCUACUUGGUUUGGAUCCCAGUGACCCUGGUGCAGUGCCUCCUUCUGUCCCCACAGCGCCCACCCCCUUCCCAGCACCAGAGCGCCCCAAUGUAGUGCUCUGGACGGUGCCUCUGGGUCCCACAGGUACUUUCCCUGCCACUGCCCCUCACCCCACUCACUAUGAUGCCCUCAUCCUUGUCACUCAUGGGGCCCCCACUGAGAAGGACUGGGCCCAGGUCCGCUCCUUGGUGGUACCAGAUGCACCCCUUGUCUGCGUGCGAACAGACGGUGAGGGUGAGGAUCUGGAGUCUCUGGAAGAAGAAAAGAUAAAGCCCAGCGACGAAAACCUAAAGAAGAAAGAUAAAGGAGGGCUGGAGGAUGUGCCCAGCGAGGGAAAGGAAAAACCUGGCACUGGAUGGCAGAAAGGCAGUGGGGAAGGUUCAGAGAAAGCUGACAGCGCAGUUAUCAGCGCUAAGAAACCAAGCAGUGGGGACUCAGGGGGCACUGCCGCUUUGAGUCCAGAGGAUGAGACGUGGGAGGUGCUGGAGGAGGCUCCCCCGCCAGUGUUUCCCCUACGGCCUGGUGGGCUCCCCGCGCUGUGCGAAUGGCUGCAGCGCACACUGCCCCCUGCCCAGGCGGGAGCGCUGCUGCUGGCCCUGCCACCCACGUCUCCAGGCGCUGCCCGCAGAAAGGCUGCAGCGCUGCGCGCCGGGGCGUGGAGACCUGCCCUGUUGGCUAGUCUGGCGGCAGCGGCAGCCCCUGUACCAGGGCUAGGCUGGGCGUGCGACGUGGCGCUUCUCCGGGGGCAGCUGGCCGAGUGGCGGCGGGCUCUGGGGCUUGAACCUGGGGCCCUGGCGCGACGCGAGCGCGCCCUGGGCCUGGCUCCUGGGGAGCUAGCCGCCCGUACACACUUCCCAGGCCCAGUGACGCGUGCAGAGGUGGAAGCCAGACUGGGUGCCUGGGCCGGUGAGGGCACUGCAGGUGGUGCAGCACUGGGCGCACUGUCCUUCCUGUGGCCGGCGGGUGGCGCAGCUGCAACAGGUGGUCUGGGCUACCGAGCUGCACAUGGUGUCCUGCUGCAGGCGCUAGAUGAGAUGCGGGCAGAUGCUGAGGCUGUGCUGGCACCCUCUGAACCCACCCAGUGAGGGGUGGGAUUGGAGCCGGGGCUUCUGGGGUUGAGGACCCAAGCCCAGUAAGAUGGGAGGCGGCUUGGAAGUCUGCCCCUUUGAGAUAAAAGAUGGGGGUGCCCAGUACUCGGAAUUUUGGGGGUUUGAGGAUGCAGGCUCUGACUUUUAGUCAUCUCGAUAUUUGGAGGGGAAUAGAGUCUAGUCAUCUGGGUUUUUGGAGGAGAAUCGAGUCUAGGGGACAGGACUCCUGAUUUCUCUGCAGACCAGGGAGUAUGCCAUCCAGACCCUUGUCCUGAAGGGACUUGGGGACCUGGAGUCCUAAAAGCAGGAUGCAUCUUGGUCUCCAAGUGGCAUUAUUGGGCAUUACCAGGAAGGCAGGCGAGAAGUCUUGAUUCUUGACGGGGUAGAUCUUGGGCUCUGUAUGGGGGAGGUAGGUCUGGUACUCCAGGGAGCCAGAACCCUUGAAUCUGGGUCUCAAAGGGAAACAGGAUCUGUCUCCUGGAAGGAAAAUUCCUGCACACAGUCUCCCAGGAUCCAAGGGGCAGUGGGCCUUGAAUCUUUUGUGGGGUGGGGUUUGUGUGUCUGGGGUCUCAGGUUCCUGAUUCUCAGGGGCUAUGGACCUUGGUUGCCAGUUCUUGGAUGAUGGGAGGGCCACAUGUGGAAAAAGGAACAGGGAGCCUACAGGAGAGACAGCCCAAGACUCCGUGGUCUUUGGGGAAGUGAAGCGGUGUCAUAUUCGCUCUUCAAGGGUCUGUUGUAGGAAGAAUGGGCCCUCAAAAGUAAAAGUGGGGCAAAAGGUCUGGGCAUGGUGGGCUCUGGGGUAGCCAGAGGCCAGGAAUGAGGCCUGGGUGUGGCAGAGCAGGAACCACACUUCAGAGAUGCCACGCUCAUCUCCCUACCGUACUGGGAUCCUGGCAGCUGCUCCCUGAAGUUUGGGAAAGGGGUAUAACUACCCCCAAUUUAUAGGUGCUGUGUGAUUCUGGGUACCUCCAGGGCAGGCAUCCCUGUCUUUCCUUAAGGGUUCUGUUACUUUUUUUUUUUUUUUUUUUUUUGGUUUCCAUUUCUUUUGUCAUAAUAGCCUUAACCCUUUUGGGCUUUGGCAUUCUGCACAUCUACCUUUUUAAAGAAACAGCUAUACUGCUGCACUAGUCCAGACAUUUUUGUGUGGCCUUCUCAGGUAUCCCUAAGAGACUCUGCCUUCUGGUAUACACAAAGGGUGCUGCGGCCAGUAGUGUUCCCACGGAACAGCUGUGCAGGUGUUCCAGGUGGUGGGAAUGUGCCAGGGGUGAGGCAAAGGCAAAAACUGCAGUGCCUGUAAUGUUUGAAGCUGCUAGCUGUGUAUUAGCAGGAAAUCUCAAAUUAUAGAUUAUAGUGUCAAAAAACAAAAGGAAGCUCUAACAAAUGGGGAGAGCAAGUCCAGAGGGUAGGCUAGAGACCCUACAGUCAUAGCAAGACUUCGUGUGAUCUGGCUCCUGCCUCUUCUCAUUCCUUGCCCUAUCCUGUCUACAGUCAGCCCAAUAGAUUCUUCUGACACUUGAGUAGGCUGUCCUGAGUCCUGCCUCAGGACCUUUGCACUUGUUAUUUUUCCCUGGAAUACACUGUUUCCAUAUCUUCCCAUGACUGGCUCCUUGACCAUCAGGUCUCCACUCAAAUGUCCCCUCAGGAAGGCCUUCCCUGACCAUUUUAACUGAUAUAGCUUGCACAUCCUCACUACUGGUUCUGGCCAGUUGAUUUACCUUGUAGUACUAUAAUAAAUGACCUUAUGUAUUUAUUUAUUCACCUGCUUAUUGGCUAUAAGCUUGUCUUGUUCUCUGGUGUGUACCUAGAACAGUGUCUGGCGCACAGUAGGUGCUCAGUACAUAAUUGUAAAUUCACUGAAUAGUGGGAGAACUAGGGUGGAAUUUAUAUUGUUGGCUUCUCAGAAAGGACAGAGGAACAAGAUGGAGAGAAGCAAGCAUUUGAUGGAAGAAAACACCCCAGAGUUGGGCAGGGGACCUGGGAAGCAAGUGUGGCUAUGCCACUCUCACUGUCACUUGGACCUGUGCCUUAUUAUCCCAUCUAGGAGAUGAAAGGGCUGGAUGAGAACUAUGAAUGCUUCUGAGAUCCCGUUUUCCUUGACAGCUGAAUACAAGGAUUACUGAUCAGAGGGACAGAUAGUUGGGGGACAGUACCCCAUCUGCUGCUUGAAAUCCUACCACUGGCACAAAUUGUCCCAUCAAAGUCAAGAUGGCCAUGAUGGGGAAAACCACUUGGCUUGGUGCCAAGUGGCUCCAGGCUUUGUACACAGAACUCAUUUAGCCUUAGAAUGGGGUUCAUCCUUAUCUGUCACAUCUGGCUGAAAGGAAAUGUGAGAUUCUUUUUAAUAUAUUUUAUUUAACCUGAUAUCCAAAAUAUCAUUUCAACGCAUAAUAUUUUAAAGGUAGUAGUGAGAUAUUUUGCAUUCAUUUAUACUAAGGUCAAGAUCCAUUAUUUACUUUAAACUUAGAGCAUCUCAAUUCAGAUAAUACAUUUUUAUUAGGAAAGUUUGACCUCUUUAAAUUUCAUAAAAUUCAGGCUGGGCACAGUGGUGUAGUCUUAUAAUUCCAGCUACUUAGAGGCUGAGGCAAGAGGAUUGCAAGAAGACCAGCCUCAGCAAUUUCUCAAGACCCUGUCUCAAAGAAGAUACGGAACUGGGGGUCUAGCUUGGUAGAGUGCCCAGGGUUCAAUCCCCAGUACUGAAAAAAGUAAAUAAAAUUCAUAGAUGACAGAUUCAUAUACCCAAGUUCAAAUUGUUUAAUAUUUCUUCAGUAACUAAGAUGAGUAUUAAUGUUUAAAUUAAUUAAAAGUAAAUAAAAUUCAGUUUCUCAUUUUCACGUGUGGUUAGUGGCUGCAGUGUUGGCCAAUAUCAAUAUAAAAC